AUGGCGGAACAAUCAUCACCGAGAUCUCAUGAUAGAAGACAACAGUACCGCGAUGGACUGCCCCCUUUCUCGCUCCCGCCGUCAUCCGGCUUUCCGCUUUCUGGGGCCGACGAUAGAAGCCCCCAGGCAAGCGACCUACACUCCCCCAGCUCUGCCUACUCUUUAUCCGCUACCAGCAGCCCCGGGUUCCAACCGGCGUGGAAUUCAAAGCUGUCUUCACAACACCAAGACUCGGGAUCCCAGGAACAGUAUUACGCACGGAAGCCAUUGCCCGGAUCUCCGCCACAAUCAUCCUCUCCAUCCCGAUUCGGAGGUCAGCUUCCUCCCAUCACCAGUCUUCUUCCGCCCGCUUCCCAGUAUCCCCCCUCACUACAUCCAAGCCAUUAUCCUGCGCAUAGUGGGCCUCUAGCUCCGCCCGCCGGAAUGGUAGCUCAUCAGCAUCAAGGGUAUAUGCCCCAAGGAUUUGGUCAACCGCCUCCGUCACUCCCAUCAAUAGGCAGUUCAGGUGGGCCGUAUCAUGAGUUCAACGUGCGGGUAGGAGGGAGUGUCUAUCCGGUGUCAAGAGAGUCCUCUCAGCAAGAUCGACCAUUCAAAUGUGAUAUUUGCACUCAGUGUUUCAGCCGAAACCACGAUCUCAAACGACACAGAAGGAUACACUCAGCCACAAAACCGUUUCCUUGUCCUCACUGCGACAAGUGCUUUUCACGCAAAGAUGCCCUCAAGAGACAUCGAUACGUCAAGGCGUGCAGUGGCAAGAAAUCAAACCUGGGGUCUGAAUCCUCUUCUGCAAUACCGACAGGCGAAGCCUCAACUGCGGCCGAGGAGGACGAAGACGACGAUGAUGAGCAAGAUGCUCCAGAGUCACCCUCAUUGCUACCUCGAAAAUCAAUUCCAUCCACCCAUUCACAGCCACAGUUGACCAUGAAGGAGUUAAAGCCAAAGGAGCCAAAGGUACCCAGGUCCAUGUCAUCCAAGUUUACUUUUACUAGGCCAUCACCAAAGAUCAUAGUGCCAGCUCUGACAUCAACAGCCUUGACUCUUGCCAUCCCGUCUACACAGCUUGGAAAACGGUGGAUCAUCUACACGCUCGAGGAAGGCGAGGCUUCUGCGCCGGAAUAUCGCCCGUCGCAAGAUGCCUAG